CAUUUAUUGAAGAAUGUCCGUUCAUAAAUCAGAAGAAUUUGAAGAGGUUCAUAUCAAAGAGGAGAUGACAGAAUCCCAACAGUUUGACACUUGGCCCUCUUCCGUAUGCAUUUGCAAAUGUGAGGACGAUGCCGAAAAAUACAAUCCGAAAGAUGACGGCUUAUCGAAUAAACAGUCAGAAUUGGGUUAUGAACACUUAAGAAACCAAGUCUCAAACGGUAAAGUUGUAAAGACGGAGGAUGUCACGAAUAUGUACGGAGUACUUGUUAAAGCUGAACCUUUGGACUAUACGAAAUUCCAGUGUGAUAGUUGUAACCUUCCGAUCACACCAUUUCACAAAUCGCCUGCUGAAGAAAAGUCCACUUCUGUUCCUGCAACUCCUGAGCCUCAUGGCAAGGUUGUUGACCCUCCACCAAUAAGAGAGACAGUCCCGUCUGAGCCUGUUGACCCUCCACCAAUUAGAGAGACAGUCCCGUCUGAGCCUGGACUGAAGUCAGCUAAGCUUGUUAAAAAACCUCACAAAUGUACACUGUGUGACUACAAGACUGAUGCGCCUGGCAAUUUGAAAAUACACAUCAGGAAGCACACGGGUGAACGACCUUAUAAAUGUGAUAUUUGCAGCUACACAUCUUCUAGAAAAGGCAAUCUGACCAGUCACAAACAAACUCACGCGAAGAACCGAACCAGAGAAGGACCUUACAAGUGCGAUAUGUGUAGCUAUUCAGCUGCAUGUAAAAGUAGUCUGGUUAUUCACAAACGAACUCAUACCGGAGAAAAACCAUACAAAUGUGAUAUUUGCAGCUAUUUAACUGCCCGAAGUGGGGAUCUUAAUAUCCACAAACUAACACACACAGGAGAGAAACCUCAUCGCUGUACUGUUUGUGAUUAUAAAGCCAGAACGGUCGGAACUUUAAAAAGGCAUAUAUUGAGUCAUAAUAAAGAAAAGCGUUUUAGAUGUGACGAGUGUGAUUUUAAAACUAACCGAGCAGAGAAUCUAAAAGAUCACAAGAGGUUACAUAAUGGAAAGAAGCCUUCUGAAUUGUGCUGUGACAUGUGCAACUAUUCGACCUGUCGGAGAUUGGAUCUCUCUAAACACAAACGGAUACACACCGGAGAGAACCCUUAUUCUUGUAAUAUUUGUUAUUAUAAAUGCUCUCAAUCGUCUUCUCUCAAUCGUCAUUUGUUGACUCAUAGCAGACCCAAGCCGUAUCGUUGUGAAUAUUGUGUCUAUAAUCCUAAGUCUAAGGAGCAAUUGUUAAAACAUAUACAGACUAGGCAUAUACGCCCUCACAAAAUCAGAAGUGAAUAAUUAUUACAAAAGUUAAAUCCCAGGAAAUUUAUAAGUUAUUAAUUGGAUUGAUUUUAAAAUGCAUUUUGAUCGGCGGAUCUCACUAAGA